AUGGGUCUGCUGUUUCAUCGCAGCGUUCUAAUGUCUGGCAGCGCGCUUUCUCCGUGGGCACUGGUGAGAGGAGCCGCAAAUUACGCUCUGCAAGUUGCCAAACAUCUAAAUUGCUCGUGGGCCGCGAGUGAUUCUCAGGCGUUGCUCAGAUGCCUCAGGGAUGUGCCGUUGAACGCGCUGGUCUCGGUGCCUGUCAAGGGACUGGAAUUCGCUCCCGCCUUCGGACCAAGCAUAGACGGCGUCGUGAUUGAUCCAGGCGAUCCGGAGGAUCAGGACUUCACCUUGCAAGUGGACACGAUCAAUACGUUGAACAACAUCCUGCUAAGGAAGGACGUCGUGGCCAAACUAUCGAGGUACGAUUUAAUGAUCGGCGUGGUCCGAUCAGAAGCGUACUUCGCUCUAACGGCGGACGACGCUGAAUACGGAAUCGAGGCUGACAGAAGAACGAAAAUUUUGCGAGAAUUCGUACGCAACACCUACACCUAUCAUCAAGCAGAGAUCCUGGCGACCAUAAUCAACGAGUACACGGAUUGGGAACGGCCGGUGCAGCAUCCGGUGAACAUCAAGGACGAAACUCUGGAAGCUUUGGGGGACGCGAACACCGUGGCCCCAGCUACCAGAACGGCGGAUCUCCACAGCCAAUCCCACAAAAACUCUUAUUUGUACGUGUUCGAUUAUCAGACGAAGUUUGGCGAUUAUCCUCAGAGGUUAGGCUGCAUUCACGGCGAGGAUCUGCCGUAUUUUUUCGGGGCACCACUGGUAGGCGGUUUGGCUCACUGGCCGAAGAACUACACCAGACCAGAGCUGAUGCUAUCCGAGAGCGUGAUUCUCUACCUGACUAACUUCGCACGCACCGGGAAUCCGAAUGAGGGCACGCCAGACUUCGGUCCGCUCAGAUCUGAAAGAACGAGGAGCAAGAACAUCGAAUGGAUCGCUUACGAGGCGGUGCACAAGAAGUAUCUCAGCAUAGAGCCCAAGUCGAAGCUGAAGAACCACUACAGGGCGCACAGACUCUCGUUCUGGCUGAAUCUCGUGCCAGACCUCCAUAAGCCUGGCUCAGACGAUGUUCCUAGAUCGCAUCAUCUUCUUGACACUGAACAGGUGCCUCCCAGAUUCAUCCAGAGGAUACCAACGACAACCCGGAUGACCACAGCCGAAGUAACUAUCGCGGAGAAAACGCAGAACGUCUCGACGGCUAUUCCAAGCGAGCUAGCCUUUGAAGAUUCCACUGUCCAACCUGAAGACGGUUUCGCAGCCUAUUCCACAGCUCUCAGCGUCACGAUAGCCAUUGGAUGUAGCCUGUUAAUCCUCAACGUCCUUAUAUUCGCCGGUGUCUACUACCAGCGUGACAAAAGUAACCAACACAACUGUUCGAAGAAACGUCAAGAGAACGGACAGAUGCCUAACAACAUUUGCGGCGAUCUGGACACGAAGACAGCCGAGAGACACCACAUUCAACACAUUCCACCGCCCGAAUUCGCCGAUCUGCAGAACAACAGCUGUCACGUGCCAAUGCCACCGCCUCCGCCAAAAAACACGAAGCCAGGGAAGCAAGGACAGAACCUGAUCAUCAGUCCGAAUCAGUUGCAACAGGAGAGCAUGGCUAUGACCGGCACUGGGACGUUGAAGAAGGGUCACAAUCAUCAGCAGCAGGUGAUGGACGAGCUGAGGGUCUGA